UAUUGAAAAGCCCUAGCUUUUCACUGUCUGGAUCUGAAUUGUGUGCCAAAGAGAGACUCCAUGAAAGAUGACAGAAGAAGUUAUUGUUAUAGCAAAGUGGGAUUACACUGCACAACAGGACCAAGAACUCGACAUAAAGAAGAAUGAACGCCUCUGGCUGCUAGAUGAUUCCAAAACGUGGUGGAGGGUAAGAAAUGCAGCCAACAAAACCGGAUACGUGCCAUCAAAUUAUGUUGAACGAAAGAACAGCUUGAAGAAGGGCUCUUUGGUUAAAAAUCUCAAAGACACAUUGGGUUUGGGUAAAACAAAAAGGAAGACAAGUGCUCGAGAUGCUUCUCCAACUCCUAGCACUGAUGCAGAGUACCCAUCUAAUGGCAGCAGUGCUGAUCGGAUUUAUGAUCUGAACAUCCCAGCCUAUGUUAAAUUUGCCUACAUGGCGGAGAGGGAAGAUGAGUUGUCCCUCGUGAAAGGAUCUCGAGUCAUUGUUAUGGAAAAAUGCAGUGAUGGCUGGUGGAGAGGGAGCUACAGUGGGCAGGUUGGCUGGUUUCCUUCAAACUAUGUAGUAGAAGAAGUUGAAGAAGCAACUGCCGAUUCACCGAGUUUUCUAAGUCUAAGGAAAGGAGCAUCCAUGAGUAAUGGCCAGACCAUGAAAGUGCUUCACGUUGUUCAGACACUGUAUCCAUUCAGUUCCGUCACAGAAGAAGAGCUCAACUUUGAAAAAGGUGAAACCAUGGAAGUCAUAGAGAAACCUGAAAAUGACCCAGAAUGGUGGAAAUGUAAAAAUUCUCGAGGGCAAAUUGGUCUUGUUCCCAAAAACUAUGUAGUAAUCGUAAGUGAUGGUCCUACCAUUAAUGCUUCCCAUCCACCUCAGAUAAGUUACACAGGGCCCUCUUCUACAGGACGGUUUGCUGGAAGAGAAUGGUAUUAUGGGAAUGUUACUCGACAUCAGGCUGAAUGUGCUCUGAAUGAAAGGGGAGCGGAAGGGGAUUUCCUUGUCAGAGACAGUGAAUCUUCGCCCAGUGACUUUUCAGUAUCUCUAAAGGCAUCAGGGAAGAACAAACAUUUCAAAGUGCAGUUGGUGGACAGUGUCUAUUGCAUUGGGCAGCGUCGAUUUAAUACAAUGGAUGAGUUGGUGGAACACUACAAAAAAGCUCCCAUCUUCACCAGUGAACAUGGGGAAAAGUUAUACCUUGUCAAAGCACUUCAGUGACAUUGAAGAUGGACUAGGCCUGUCGGGCCUCCUCUAACUUACAAGCCUUAGGUCCUACAUUCACUUUUAUAGAGCAGAGCAAUCUACUGCGGUCUGAAACAGUCUUCAAAGAACAACCUCUUUCUCAAGUAUUUGCUUGGUUGGUUAUAUUCUCGAUUCCAUUC